ACCGUGUUGCCUCAAAACUAUCUUUCAACAAGUCAACGAACCUGAACGAACCCAAUAGGCAUUGGGCAAUAUAGGGCCAAUAGGCAUAUCACAUAUCACAUCACAUCGUGCAUCGUGGCCAUCGCCGCUCAUCACCGCGUGUUUGUUCCGUUGGCUCAUAAUUAACGAAACUCGUUCGAUCAACGAGACAGUAAUCCAUAGAACCCGUUCGAUCGCUUAUCCUCGUUGCGAUGAAACCGACAGCGUGCGUGAACUCGGCAAAAUAAUGUUUAUAGUGUUUCACGAACUUUCGGAGUAAACCUAACCUCCUUCCUCGCAUCGAUCUCUGCGAAUCUCUGUGGAUCUGCGAUCGCGUUUCGAUGUCCUCGUUGCGAAGCCGAACUAGCCGAAGCCUUCUCGCGGUCGCACGCGGUAUCUUCUACACAGCACGUCCCAAUGAUCGUCCCGCGAGUACUAUGUCCGGCGAAUUCAAGGCGAUUUUGGUGAGGAGAAGCGUAUAAGCGGAACGCAGAAAGGAUGUCAAGCUGCACGAGCCUGAUCCGAUUGCUUAGACGACGUCUCGUUCUUGGACUCAUUUUCGCCCUGUCGCUGACGUAUUGUGCCUUUUCGUUGCUCCGAAAUGAAAAGAAAGGGCCACCGAAUCUGGACAAUGAUCUCGAUAUGGAUCCCAUGAUGAUCAAUGAUAACAAUAAACUGAUACCUGACGAUAACACUCUAGAAGAACUAAGAGCGUCUGAUAAAUCUCCAUUGUGGCAGGUGGAAAUUCUUGAUCAAGCGGCUAAUGAUAACACAGAAGAUAUGGAUGCAUCUAAUUUAAAUGACAGCGACGUUUCUGCUCAGACUUGUCGCAAUUCUAUUCAAGGAAGAGGCUUGAUAGUUGAUGAUCGUGGUGUCGUAUGUUUGAGACACGAAGUUCUAUCGAAUGGAUGUUGUACGAUAGAGCAGAUACAGACUUCAAAAAAUGAAGAGUCACUGUCUAUGGCUAGAAGGGAAAGAUACAGCUGCAAAACGUGCAAUCCUCAAGGGUGCUGUACCAUUUACGAGUAUUGCGUGUCCUGCUGUUUGCAUCCCGACAAGCAAAUAAAAAGUCGGAAGGACGUAUUAUCGAACUCUGCAAAAGUACAAAAAGACGUAGGAAGAAUGCCUAUUCGCAAUUCGGAUCGCUUUCAGAUUUGUUUAGCCGCUUGUCGCACCUCGAGUUCCAGUGUGCGACACGAGAACACUUACAAAGAUCCCCUCGCGAAGCACUGUUUUAUCACACAACGAUAUCGGCGCAACAUUAAUUCAUUAAAUAAUAACGGCGACAAUCUCGCCGUUGUCGUUACUUCUUCUUCUGUAGUGACGUUACUUGCCUACCCCUCUCCCGAAUAUUACCCCUAUUUACUCAACCCCACAUUAUCUGCAUCGGUCUUAUGCUAACGUUAUCUAAUUAUUACCAUCAUAAAAUAAUAGCCGUCGUGAUACAAUAUAAAUCAAUAGUUUG